UCCCACCGCUCGACGCGCAUAGUCGAGAUAAUUUGCAAACAAAUCGAAAUUGCAGUGAUCGGUGCUGAAGAGUAUUGAUUCCCGCGAACUGUGACAAUCUGCGCCAGUAAGUAGCGAGAGUGCCGCCCAAUAGGACUCGCAUCGUCCUGGCUCAUUAUAGCAACAAGACAGGAUAAACUGAACGGCAGUGGUUGGUUGAUAGCUGAUUAAGUCUGAUUAUCCAAACUUGUGUUUCUGGAUGGAAUGAAGUCGUCUUACAACCGAGUCACAGACGGAUGACGGUCGCCUGGAACUGUGGGAAAGAUUGUCACAACAUUGAGACAACAUUUGGAAUUGAGAGAUUUCUGUAUUUCUUGGAACCACAGUUUGGGUUGUGUGUUCUUUGAACAAAAGUACUGGCCACCUUCACCCCCACCCAUUUACACUCGACCCUCGCGGACAUUCUACAUCUACUGGAGUUUGUAAUUUACAUCCGACAUGUCCGACUCCAAGUCAAGUGUCGCCUUCAACCACAGCGACAGUGAGGGCGACGUUGUUGGAAAUGAUAAAUGCGAAAGUCCUUCAACAACUUCAGGGGCAGAUAACUCUGAGGACAGAGAGUCACCGAGGGGUGGUGUCAAAUAUUCGCCACCCCACAGCAAACCCUCAUUUCUUAUAUCAGACAUUCUGUCGGACAGAGGCCCGCACAGGUCCGACCCAGUGUUCCCCUCCGUGAACCCUCUCUACCGGCACCGGCCCGACCCCCCGGCAGAACUACCACACCCAGACUACUUCGUCACACAACCGGGGGACGACGAGAACGACGACAAACUUAGUGAUUCAUUGCACGAGUCGGAGGGUGCCGGGUGCCACGCCCACGACCACGCCCACGACAACCCUAACUGCCCCUCCAAGUCCAAGAAGCCCCGCAAGGCCCGUACGGCGUUCACCGACCACCAGCUGAGCUGUCUGGAGAAAAGCUUUGAGAGACAGAAAUACCUCAGUGUCCAGGACAGGAUGGAACUCGCGGCCAAACUCAACCUGACCGACACCCAAGUGAAGACGUGGUACCAAAACAGAAGGACCAAGUGGAAGAGACAGACGGCGGUGGGUCUGGAACUCCUGGCGGAAGCGGGCAACUAUGCCGCCGUACAGCGCAUGCUCCAGUCUAGUCCCUACUGGUCGUCCUACCCCCACACGUCCACCAUCCUCUCCAACAUGGACGCCCUCUACUACAGACAUGGCGUCGGAGCACUUCCGGUUAACAGGCCUAUAAUCCCGCGCAUGCUCAUCCACGGACUACAGCAGCACGUGAGCCACCUGCCCCCGCCUCACUAACCCACGCCACCCACAGGACUUGUCACAUUCCCAAUACGGGUAGCUGUGAUACAGACACGGGUCGACCCAUGACCUUUAGUGCAGGGAUCUUAACCUUGACCUUUUGUGCAGGGAUAGUGACCUUGACCUUAAAGUGCUGAAAAUAUUAAUCAUCCAGUGAAAUGACAUGAUUUCCUUGGCAACAGAGGCGUUAACGAAACUACAACGUUACGUUUGAUGUUCUUCGCUUGGAAUCGCUGAAGACUGCUCUCCUGGUGCCCUGGUAUCUUGAUGGUGUUCAAAGUGUGAUGACAAACUACGACACGUACUGCCAAUGUGAGGUCAACCGCUUCAGCUGGGCGUACUCCGGAGCGUUGUCUGUUCGUUGUAUAUUGGGAGGCACACAAGCGGACACACACAAUGUGUUUGUUACCAUGGAUAUCCUAGUUACCAGGGAGAUCCUAGACUUGGAAUCUCCUGUCCCUGGGUAUCUGUCCCUUGUAUACAGGGAACCUCCAGACUUGUUAAGAGCGGACACAGAGUAACUGUCCGUUAUAUGCAGGGGAUGUCAAGAUACGUUUACCUGUAAUUGGAGACUGAAGACUUUGAAACACGGACAAUGUUGUGUUGUAGGUGCUUGACGGAUCACAUUGAUGAGCACAAUGAUAACCCUCUCUGCCUGUACCGCAGAGAGGAAGUCUGUAUCUAUAUGCACACACUAUUUAUGCGUAAUUGAAAUGUACUUGUAAUAUAUUGACGUUAUGUUCAGUAUUAAGAACUUCUAUAACACCACGACUAUGUUGUGUUGGAUUUACAGAGCCUUCCACUGCCUACUUCAAUGUACAGACCAAACACUUUCCACACCACAACUUUUAGAAAGUUCCCUUAAAUGUUCUUUUGUCUCAGAUGUGUUUAUUUAUAUUGUAAGAAUAAGGAAUUACAACGUUAAGAGACAGGGAGGUCACACAGGGAGAUCGCGCGUGUGUGUCCGACAAAGAAAGCCAAACACAAGAGAUUCUUCUAUUACGUCACGUGGUCAUAUCACGUGACACACAAUGUGGUUUGUGAAUAAAGAUGAAAGUUUCUUGAAA